GUUGUUGAUGAGCUGCCCUCCACUUCCCCUCCACGUUGCCUUUUAAAGCUCCUCGACCCCCUGAUUACUCUAGUCCCUCUUUCUUCAUUAUUUCCUGUCAUUCCACCUUGUCUCUUCGUACUUGCAUUAUCCACUUCUUUCCUCUACCAUCACCAAAAUGGCUACCUGGUUCGACGGCAUCAAGUCCUUCGCGGACGUCCCCAUCACCGCCAACGGCAUCGCAACCCAGGAGUUCCUCGACGCUGCUGAGUCUCUGACCACCUUGUUCGACCUCAUGGAGUCCAAGGCUUUCGGCGUUGUCAAGAACGAUCUCACCGGCAACAUCAAGAAAGUCCGGGACAGGUUCCUGGCUGCUCCCGCCGAGUCCCAGACUCUCCAGGAGCUUGUCGUGAACGAGCUCAAGACCAAGAAGCACGUCGCCACCGAGGGUCUCCUCUGGCUCAUGAGAGGUCUUGACUUCACCGGCCAGGCUCUCCGUCACAACGUCGACAACCCUUCCUCCGAGGUCGCCGACUCCUUCCGCAACGCCUACGGUGGCACCCUCAAGCCCCACCACUCCUUCGUCAUCAAGCCCCUCUUCUCCGCUGCCAUGUCCGCCUGCCCUUACCGCAAGGACUUCUACGCCAAGCUGGGUAGCGACCAGGCUAAGGUGCUGGAGGGCCUGAACCGUGAGGUUCCGGCUCUCCAGGAGCGGGUCCAGAUCCUCAAGGCAUUCAUGGACAGCCCUGAGGCCAAGUGGUAGAUAUCUGUGAAGAAAUAGUUGAUGUCAGGAACAUUCGGCAUAUUCAAGGAGCGCAGUUUUGAAAAAUGUACAUACAUAUAUUCGUGAGAGUCUGAGACUUCUUGCAUGUUAAUUAUAGAAGAAUAUUGGUCUG